GAUAGGGUCAGGUCCCAUCAUGGCGGCUGAAGAGGCGGAUGUGGAUAUUGAAGGGGACGUGGUUGCUGCGGCAGCACAGCCCGGAAGCGAUGAAAAUACAGCAUCUAUUUUACAAGAUCACUAUCUUGAUUCAUCCUGGAGAACUGAGAAUGGUCUUAUUCCUUGGACCCUGGAUAACACCAUCAGUGAAGAGAACAGAGCUGUCAUUGAGAAAAUGUUGUUGGAAGAAGAGUAUUAUUUAUCUAAAAAAUCACUUCCAGAAAAAUUCUGGCUUGAUCAAAAGAAAGAUGAUAAAAAAUACAUGAAGAGCCCACAGAAAACAGCAAAAAUCAUGGUACAGUCUCCUACAAAACCAGCCAGUUUCUCAGUAAAGUGGACAAUAGAAGAAAAACAGCUGUUUGAACAAGGGCUGGCUAAAUUUGGCCGAAGGUGGACCAAAAUUGCAAAGCUAAUUGGAAGUCGCACUGUUUUACAAGUGAAGAGUUAUGCCAGACAGUACUUUAAAAAUAAGGUGAAAUUAGAUGGUCUGGAGAAGAAAACACCAAAUCAGAAGAACAGCAGUGAUCGUCAGAUUAAAAGUGAAGAUGAAAGCACAAAGGCAUGGGCACCAUCAAGUUUAAGGGGCCGUGCUGAUCCCAACUUGAAUGCUGUAAAAAUUGAAAAGUUAUCUGAUGAUGAAGAAGUAGACAUCACAGAUGAGGCAGAUGAGAUGACUUCUCAAGCACCCCAGGAGAAUCCUAGCAGUGAUCUCUUAUUAGACAUCCCUAAUAGUAAAAAUUGUGAAACCUACCAAGGAGAAUUUAACACCUCUGACAGUCAGAAAGAUUGCAUUUCUAAAUCUUCCAAAGAAUGUCUUCAGAAUUUAAAGCAUGGUGAGGUGGAAACACUUUCAAGCUCGGCAAUUACAUUUUGGACUGAAAAACAGGGCACCAGUGACCAAAAAUCAGUUGAGUUAAAUGAUCAGAAAUCUAAUAAACUGAUAAAAAGUUGUGAUAAGCAUGAUGGAAAUGGAAUAGUAGAUGAUACCAGGCUGUUGCCUUCUCCAGAGCCUUGUGAAGUUCAGAAAGAUUUGAGUGAUAAUGAAAUGCUUUUUCAUUCCUACUGUCAAAUGGAGGAGGAGCACCAUGAGGAAGAAGAGCUUAAGCCACCAGAGCAGGAAGUAGAAAUAGAUAGAAAUAUUAUUCAAGAAGAAGAAAAACAAGCAAUUCCUGAGUUUUUUGAGGGGCGCCAAGCUAAAACACCAGAACGCUAUUUGAAAAUUAGGAAUUACAUUUUGGAUCAGUGGGAGAUAUGCAAACCGAAAUACUUAAAUAAGACCUCAGUACGUCCUGGCCUGAAGAACUGUGGGGAUGUUAAUUGUAUUGGACGGAUUCAUACAUACCUCGAAUUGAUAGGAGCAAUCAAUUUUGGAUGUGAACAGGCUGUAUAUAACAGGCCACAUCCAGUUGAUAAAGUACGAAUCAAAGACAGAAAAGAUACAGUAGAAGCAUAUCAACUUGCCCAGCGUCUACAGUCCAUGCGCACAAGGAGACGUAGGGUCCGAGACCCAUGGGGAAAUUGGUGUGAUGCAAAAGACUUAGAAGGACAAACAUUUGAGCAUCUCUCUGCCGAGGAGUUGGCAAGAAGAAGAGAAGAGGAAAAAUGCAAACCCAUUAAAUCUUCAAAAGUGCAAAGACCAACAAAAAGCUCAUUUGAUCCCUUCCAACUGAUACCUUGUAAUUUUUUCAGUGAAGAAAAGCAGGAGCCAUUUCAGGUGAAAGUGGCUUCAGAAGCACUUUUAAUAAUGGAUUUGCAUGCCCAUGUAUCUAUGGCAGAAGUGAUUGGUCUGUUAGGAGGAAGAUACUCAGAAGUUGAUAAGAUAGUUGAAGUCUGUGCAGCAGAACCAUGUAACAGCCUGAGUACAGGGCUGCAGUGUGAGAUGGACCCAGUCUCACAGACACAGGCCUCGGAAACCUUGGCUGUGAGAGGCUAUAGUGUUAUCGGAUGGUAUCAUUCUCAUCCGGCCUUUGAUCCUAAUCCUUCCCUACGGGAUAUUGAUACUCAAGCCAAAUACCAGAGUUACUUCUCCAGAGGUGGUGCAAAGUUUAUUGGAAUGAUUGUUAGUCCCUAUAAUCGAAACAAUCCUUUACCUUAUUCCCAGAUUACCUGCCUGGUCAUAAGUGAUGAAAUUAGCCCAGAUGGCUCUUACCGUUUACCUUACAAAUUUGAAGUACAACAGAUGUUAGAAGAACCUGAGUGGGGAUUAGUGUUUGAAAAGACAAGAUGGAUAAUAGAAAAAUACAGACUCUCCCAUAGCAGUGUCCCUAUGGAUAAAAUCUUUCGCCGGGAUUCUGACCUGACUUGUUUGCAGAAACUUUUGGAGUGUCUGAGGAAAACUUUAAGCAAAGUGACAAACCGCUUCACUGCUGAAGAAUUCUUGACUCAAAUAGAAAAUUUAUUUCUUUCCAAUUAUAAAAGCAAGCAGGGGAAUGGAGUAGCGGAAGAGAACUGUACUGUGGGUUCAAAGGAAUUGUUACUGUAAUAAUUUAAAGACAUUUUAAUCUUGAUAACAGUAGAUCCUGCUGUCACUAAUAGCCUUGAAAUUAUUGUAAUUUAGUAGUAGCACAGCUUUGAUAAUUUUUCUCUAGUUCACAAAAUCUGCACUUUGCCACAUAAAUCAUGUGACAAAAAAGAGAUAGGGAUGUGUUUCCAUAUAGUGAUUAUCAGAGUGUCAUGUAAACUGGGGUCUGCCAGAGCACUCCAGUCCUGCGCGCAGUGGCCAGGAAGCAGCGCAGCAGAGCCUGAAGGACUGCCCGCUUUGCUGUUGUAUUCAGGUUGAUAAGUGAAAUCUGUCUCUAAUUUUUAUUUCUCUCCCAACUAGUCAUUCCAUUUUUUCUAUCUCAUGUCUUAUUAGGAGCACUCCAUCCUUUUCUUGUGUUUUGGUGAGAUGUGUUUAUUGUUGCAAAUGAGAUACGGAUGGGUGGUCACUAAGGUAAUUAACAUGGCUGAACACUACUGACUUAAUAAAUCUAACAACAUGCUGUGUGAGGUCAGUGGGGAGGCAUAAGGAGAAAAUCUUAAAAACAGAGAGGAGACCCAAAUGAGAGAAUCAAAUUGCCGUUUUUUAAAUCAUAGAUAUUUGCUUCCAUUUUAUUUUAUAUCAGUACUAUAGGAUAUGCCAUUUUCUCAUCUAUCUGAAGCAUUUUGUAUGGAUUUCAGAUACAUAAAAUAAUUAGCUUCAACUGUAUGCCCAUUUACAUUAGUGUGUAUAUGAUAAAAUCUCAUUUAACUGCAACACAGAUAAUCAGCACCCUCAAACUAGAUUUCUUUCUACUACCUGCUAUCAGUAGAAAGAGGCGCAAAUUGCAAUAAAGCUUAAAGAAGAGAUUUAAUUUUAAAAAGAAAAAAGCCUUCCACAAUAUAUUACUUAUGCAGCCCAGUUUCAUAUACUUUCUAAAUCUAGAACAGAGGUCAGCAAACUUUGUGUAAAGGGGCUAUUAAUCAGUUACAUAGGCUUUGCAGGACAUAUACUCUAUCAGACACUUUUUAUAUUUCUUUUACAAUCCUUUAACAAUGUAAAAUCAUUCUUAACUCAUAAGCUUCACAAAAAACAUUGCUGGCCGCUAUCUUCCAACCCCUACUCUAGAGAUUUGCAAAUAAUUAGAAUUUCUCUUCAGAUGCAUGAGCCUGAGAUACUGAAAGAUAUUUCAUCAUUUUCAAACAACAAAACUAAAAUUUGUGCUUUAUUACAUUUAGGUACAUUGUCAAAUAAAACUUAAUUAUGCUGCCUGAUUUAUCCUAAUAGAUUGUAGUUUAUUUCUGUUAACCACUGAAUUAAUUUAUACCCAUUCUCCAGGCAUUCUUACUAGUAACAGGUUUAUUACAUCUAAUUUGGGUAUGAUUCUGUAUUUUUACCUUUUUUGGUGUGAAUCAGUAGCCAAGUAAGAACAUGGCAGUAUUGGAAGGCUUAGUGCGCCACUUUUAAAUGACCUGGGUCUUGGACUCAACCUUGUGACUUUGGGGGAUAAGCUACCUUCUUUGGACCUAAAUCUUGUGUCUCUGGUGUCUCAGUUAUCUUUCUAGCAUCCUUCUAGGUCUGAAGUCUUACAUUUCAUUCUAAUUGUUGGACCACUCACCUGGAACUUUAUAUUUUGAGAUGGUACAGUUCCCAAAUUAGCAAAUGUUUUUAAAGAAAACUGGUAGUAUUUUCCAUUUCUUUGUAUACGUUUAGGAUAAACAAUGAAACAUAACUUAGAAAGCAAUUACUUUUGGGACCAGGGCUGUGAGAGAUCUAGAUCAAAAAUCAGGAAACCUGAGAGUUCUUACCCUAAUUCUGUUAGCAGCUUUGCUGUGUGACAGUGAUAAAAAUCACAUAACCUGGAUCUAGACCUCAGACUCUUCAUCUGUAAUUCGAUGGUCUAAAUUUUGAUUUAGUGUUUCUUUCCAAGUACAGAAAAUCUUUGAUUCUGUAAAAGAUUUUGUAAUUCAUUUCCUUGUACUCAUCCUUUUGACAUAUUUUCCUCAUUAUUCAUUGGGAACAGAGCCUAGAAAAUGUCAUUAACUAGCUUUUGUGAUGGAAAUUGCCCUAUAAUAUUGAUAAAUUUGAAUAAUGGAAAAUAGUGGACAUUGUUAGGAGUUCUGUUCUUAAAUCUGGGUCCUCCGCAUGCCAGUGGUUAACUAUAUUUACUAAGCCAUACUCUGAGCAGCUCAAAGGUGAUAACCCUCAGUUUAAAGCUUUAAGAGCACAAUUUUCAAAAUAAAAUGUUUUUUAAAAACAGAAGCAUAAAAAUAUCUCAGUCCUACUAUCUAGAAAACCAUGGUUAAUGUUUUAGUAUAAAUCUUUCCCCCCUGUAAUUUUAGGACAUUAAAAGCUGUGAUAUCCCUGCUCCCCAUUCAUUCUCUCUGCUUCCUUUUUUUCUCUUAGCAUAUUAAAACAUCUUUGCAACUUCAGGUGCCCACAUUCCUGUCACUGCCAACCUUGAGCUGUUGAGGGUAGUUGAAAAGGUAGGUCCUAGGGAGAACACACAGGAAGUCUGAAACUGCAUGGCAGUGUGGUACAGGAAGUUCAGGAGGCAAGGUCUCACAGGGAAACCUCCCUCUAGUAAUGCUUACAGUAUUGGAGAUAGGAAAAUCUAAUCCUAAAAUAACAUUCAAAACAGGAAAAAUCAGUGGAAUAGGAUCAGCAAAAUCAGACUCUCCUUCCCUCUCUGUUCUUCUAGCGUUGGCCUGUUGGCCCAGUGUUCACAGCUGCAUUAUAACAUUCAUGGGCAUUAGAUACUUUUGCCUUCUUGGGCCUCUUCUUCCAUUAAAAAUUAAUAUAACUGCAUUUGUAUAAAAUGAGUAUUUUUAUACACACACACACACACACACGUAUAUAUAUAUCAUCAAUCUAAAAGGUUUUUUUUCCUUUGAAUUUCAAAGAAUUUAAAGCAUUUUCAUGGGCCUGAGGCAUGGUGCCUAAUUAGAUAAGUUGACCCUGAAGGCUGUCCUUAGAGAAGUGGCAGUCAGUGUCCCUAACCCCUGUUUAUGUAAAACCCAUCUCAUAAACUGUAGUGUAGCUUUGCCUCCCAGCCAAGAGCAUUAGAGUUCCCGCGGCUUUAGAUCUAUAGAUGAACAUAGUUCUUAAAACUCGGGAGUAUUGCUGGGACCAUUCAUCCUAAAAAAAAAAAAAAAAAGAUAGGCAGCAGUAGUUAGUUUUAAUUUUCAGGUGGACAUUUUUGUUCUGAUCCUUAGUCUAUAGUUGCAAAACUCAUCCACCUAGUCUACCAUUUUUUUCUCCCUUCAUUUCCCUCAAGCCCUUUCUUCAUCUCCACUCGCUCUACUUCUUGCCUGUCGACAUGUAAGUAUGAGGUCAUUCAUUCUCUCAUUUGUUGAAAGUAGAACCUGAAGACUAGAAAUGAACAGACCCCCAGAAGCAUGCUGCCCCAGCCUUCUUUCUCUAAUUUUCCUCCCCCGCAGGAGUGGGGUGAGGUCUAUGAUGUGCAGACUGUAAGCAGGUUCAGAACCUCUAUAGCUCUCUGGGCAGCAGAAGAGACUGCCCUCAAAGUGCCAGCUUGAGCAGCUUCCUGCUCUUCAGUGUAUCUCCUUCCUGUGUAUCUUGCUGGGUCCUAACAAGGUGAGCUGUAGGACCUGAAGGAACUGAGAGUCGGGAUGCCCUAGGAUUGGUCCUAUGUCCUGUACCUGCAGAAGAGCCAUAUGACACCUGAACACCUGAAAUGUAGCUCUCUGUCCUCAAGUCAUCAGCAGAUAACCAGUUGAUGGAUUUCUCAGUAGGAACUAAGUCAGGAUACCUGAUUUUUAUUUUUAUUUUUAUUUUUUUAAAUUUACACCUUCUAGCAGUAACUGGAGACUAGAGUCACAUUAUGGCAGUUAGGAAAAUUUACUUAAGCACAAAGAAAAAAGCACAUUUUAUCUUUUCUUCCAUCAAGGAUUUAAUACUGUACAAAUUGAACAAAUUUGAUCUGCAUUUCCAAUUUACCAGUAGUUCAGUAAUUUCCUUACUAAUUCCAGAUUUUGCAAUAUUUCCAGAAGGUCACUGUGAAAAAUAAUGUUACAUACUUAAUUCCUGACCUUUUCUUAAAUGUUUUUAGGUAUGCUGUUUCCCCACACCAUUCUCUCUCUCUCUCUCUCUCUCUCUCUCUCUCUCUUGCUCUCUCUCUGUCUUCCCUCCACCCCCCAUUUAAACGGUAAAUUGUGCUUUCUGGUAUUUUUCUAACCUUUUAAGUCACCUUAAAUCUUUUCUGGAACAAGAUAGAAGUAUGGUUCCCCUUAGUCCCAAUUAAUUAACUCAUGAUGUCUUCUUGUUUUUAUUUUCUUCCUUUGGAUAUAUUUAUGAAUAUAUUCAUAAGGACUGUAAUUUCAGGGGAAAAUGCCUGAUUUGCUAUCUUUGAGGUUUCCUAAAGUAGCCUCUUAGGAAUUAAGAAGGAUGUUAAGUAUGAUUUCAUAGUUUGUAUUUCUGUUUCAUGAGAUACAAAAGAAUAUUUGUUUCAACCUAUUAAUUGUAAAAUAAUAUUUAGAUCCCAGCAUGAUUUAAGUAGAUUACUUACAUA